AUGAGAUACCCACGCGUCGACCGGUUUCAGUUGGAAAUGAGGGAAACGGGAGGAUUUGGGAAUGAUGAUCCAGAGUCUCCAUCCUCUCCAUCAUCUCCUGCUUGUCCUGGCUGUCCUGGUUGUCCAUCGCUUCCAGCCUCUCCUGGUCCUCCUGGCUGUCCAGCUUGUCCUGGUUGUCCUGGUCUUCCGUCUGGCCCAGCUGGUCCUGGCUCUCCUUGGGAUCCUGGUUGUCCGGCUGGUCCUGGAGCUCCUGGAACUUCACGACUCUCUCCUGGUUGUCCUGGCUAUGGUCCUGGGGGUCCUGGUGGUCCUGGAAUAGCAGCUCCUCCGCUUUGUCCUGGACGUCCAUCGUUUCCUGGAGCUCCUGGUUGUCCUGGUUGUCCUGGUGGUCCGGCUGGAGCCUCAGCGCACUCGAAGCAGAAUUAUGAAUUUACAAAUAGUGAUUACCUCGGAGUCGAGCUUGGACUGAACGUGCUGCACGUAGCUGUAGAAGGCUGGAAUUGCGAUCACAGCGAUCAUGGCGGCAGCGAUGCUGGAACGGAUUGA